AGAAUGCUGAACGUAAGGUAUUCCCAAACCGUGGUCGUGGUAGAUCCAGAAAAAUUGUUCAGAAAACUUUGGAUGGAAACGUUGUUCAAAUUUGGGAUUCAAUAACUCUUGCAGGUUAUGCACUUAAGAUUUCGAGAAACCAUAUUUCGGCAUGUUGUAAUAGAAAGCGAAAUAUUGCUGGUGGUUGGCGUUGGAUGUAUUAUGAGGAUUAUAUAGAACAAGACCCUAAUGAAGAGUGGAAAGAAAUAGAGGUAGAUUCACGAAAAUUUAAAGUUUCAUCUCUCGGAAGAGUUCGGUUGCGCAAUGGUUUAAUCUCUCGGGGAUCAUUGCACUCAGGAUAUCUCCGAGUUGAAAAAUAUCGUAUUCAUCGGUUGGUAGCAUUAGCAUUUUGUCUAAAAGAAGAAGGCAAAGAAUACGUAAAUCAUAUUGACGGUGACUCUACUAACAAUAAUUCGAAUGGUAUUUUCGAUGAUGGCUCUACUCAAGAAUUUCUAUCCAUAUCUGAAGCACAACGUAUAACUGGAAUUGAUGGAUCAUAUAUUGGAAAAGUUUGCAAAAGACGUAAAGGUCAUGCUGGUGGAUAUCGUUGGGGACAAGUUCGCAUCAGUGACUCACAAGAGGCGUAUUGA